AUGUCUAAGCAGUGGAGCUGUGCAUCACUGCAAGCAGGGUAUCAGGUUGUUAUGGGCGAGGAAUCCGAAGCCGAGUUGGCCCGCCAAGAGGCAGUGCUCAUGAAGCAGAUAGAGGCUGACGAGGAGGCCUUGACAAUCCCUGCAACAGUUGAAGAGCUGCAGCAGAACCUCCAGACCCUGAAUCCUCCACCUGACGGCCCGGAGCCAGCUGCGGAGUCCACGAUAUCGGAACUGCUGCGAGAAGCAGCACGUGCCCGCAUCCUUCGAAUGAUUGCUCCGAAAAAGAAACGAACGGACCUAAAUGUGCCAGACUAUGUCCGCGAGCAGUGGCAGACUGGCACGAAAGCGAAGCAGGAAAUGGAGGACUUGCUUUUGGAGCAGAAUGGUGACAAGGAGAAAUUCUUGUCUGAGCUUUUGCUCAUCGUGAAGAAAAUCAAGAAGUUCGUGCUCAAGCAGGAUCAGGGUUGGUACUCGGAAGCUGAGAUGAAAUCGGAGUUGGGAUGGCAACGGAUCGCGGGAGCCAAGAAGGUGUGCGAAGCUGACCUUGCUUUGCACAGGCGGAAUCAAUACGACGGCCAGUGGGAAUACUAUGUGACCGUUCGCGAGACGGCUGUGCACAAGCAGACGCAUGAAAUUACGGAGGAGCAACGGCAAGCUCAAAAGGCUGCCAAACCUCUGGAGUUCAAGCCUGACGAGUUCGCAGACCUGGACAAGGCCCUGGCUCGUGGAUCCCAGCCCGCAGACUUGAGAGACAACUAUAAGAAGGACGGCGAGAAGUCUAUUGAUGAGUUGGAGCAACAUGUCGAGAAGCUUCAGGCUGAGCAUUCGAAACUGACUGAUCAGAUGGCCAAAGGCGAGGCCGAAGGCUUCAACACAACGACGAGCCGUGCCACGGCCUCUGAGCUGCAGGUGCCCGAGCCUUUGAGCGAGGGGCUGCAUGGAUGCUGUCAGCAUUUAUGA